AUGGCAAAAACUAAAGCACGAAAUGUGGUAAUCAAGCUACUAUCUACGGCUCAAACAGGAUAUACAAAGACUCUCCUCAGGCCAAGGCAAACUGGCCCUAUCAGUCAGGUACGAUAUGACCCUCGAGUCAAAAGACAUGUUCUGUUCACAGAAUCUAAGAGAAGAAAAAUGGGGGAACUAGCAAAACCUUGGGACUUCACAAGAGGCGCUUUUAGAUUCAAGAAAUGA